CCUCCCUCUCUGUAUUCAAUUCAAACAUAAACUCCACCCCCAGUCUAUAUAAACUCUCCCUUGCCUUCCUAUUUUGGGCACAACUCUCGCAGCUUUCGAAAAAAUGUCGGAUUCCGGUGACUCCUUGAACGGCAACGGUGGUAUGUCUUCAACGGUAACGGGAGAGAUCACCGUAGCAUCUGUCGUGAUAGUCUCCAUGCUCUUCACCGUUGCCCUCGUACUCUACCUUCGAGCAAAGGGCUAUUCGGGGACGAUGGGCUUAUCUAGGCCCAGCGCUCGCCACCUGGCCUUCGCUCCGAAUGAGCCGAGUACCUUUAGAAGGGCACUCGAUCCUUCAAUCCUCAGGACCUUGCCUAUCACCCUCUUUCAGUCUAAGGACUUUGAGGAGGAGGGCGGCCUUGAAUGUGCUGUUUGUUUAUCGGAGCUAAAUGAUGGCGAAAAGAUCAGAUUGCUGCCUAGAUGCAAUCAUGGUUUCCAUGUUGAUUGCAUUGAUAUGUGGUUCCUUUCGCAUUCUACUUGUCCUCUGUGUCGAAACCCUGUUCAGUCUCUGGAACCAGUUUCAGGAACUGGGGAUUCUGCGGAAUCAGAGAAUUUCACAGAAAAGUUAGAUGGAGGGAGCUCGAGUUCAGGAGACUCGUUUUCAGAGAAGAGGCAAAAGGGGAUGUUAGCGAUCGAGAUACCGAGGCGAGCAGCUGAGGGGUUUUCUUCUACUUUGCCUGCAGAGGGAAUUAAGUCUCCGGCGUUGGAGAGAUUGAGGUCUCUGAGAAGAAUUCUGAGCAGGGGUAGUUUGAACAGUCCGAGAGGUAAUUCUGAUAUUGAGCAAGGAACUGCAAUUGGAUUACAAAAGAAUCUUCCAGUAUCAGAAUCAGCCAGUAAUCUGUGAGUUGAGCAAUUCAAGCGAGUAGUACGUUGUGUAGAUAUUGUGAAUUUUAAGAUUGUAUAUUUGUUAGCUUGAGGAUUUUAAAUGUAUACAACUAGUUCAUUACUUUGAUUCAACCGAUCGAGAGAUUUUUUUUACGUAGUUUUUGAAUCCAGCUUCUUUCACUUCUUGAAGCAGACUCUGAAAGAAAAAGAUGUUUACUUUUUGUCAAAAGAAUGGAUCU